AUGGUAAACAAUGCAUCGAUCAUCCUUUCUAUACUAGAUCGCUUGAGCCCCGAUUUUGCACAACGAUCGGUGACAAGAGUCCGAAUUUCCCCUGAUCCAUGCCUGCCUGCGCGUUUGCCUGCGACAGGCUUUCUGCAGCGAGAGGCCGAACAGAACGCACCAAAGGCGGUGUUGAGGCAGUUACGACGCAGUCCAACACCACCUAGUCCAACCACCGAAUACCAUGAUCUGACAGAGGAUACCCCACCUCAUGUCGGGAGAAGGGGCAGUGUCUCGUCAACCUCAGAGCAAAGCUCUCCGACACAAUCUUUGUUUACGUUUUCCAGGAACCAACCCUCACGGGGUUGGAAAGAGCCUCAGCCAUUUGAAGUCUUUCGCGCUAUCGAGCACAAGGAUAUCAUGUUUCUGAUGGAAGUUCGUGAUCGUGCUUUCCCAGUAGUUCAAAUACCUUGUAUCUUCUUCCUCGUACUAAUGAUCCCCCAGCUACUACUCCGCAAAACCGGGGAUGCUACCCCUCUCCUUCACGCUAUGCGUAUCGGGCAGUCUCACCGUGACGUUGCUAUCCUAUUACUCGGAGCUUUCUCUCGUUGGAUCAACCAUCUAGAAGACAGCGAAAUUGGUCUCCCACGGACAAGAGUAAUCCUGAAGGCUUUACGAACAAAUCUCAAACUCGGCAUAGAUUAUGGUCUUUAUAAAUCUCAGAGCGAUCUUGUAGCAUCUUUUAUGCAAACUCUGAUAAUGAGCGAAGGAGAAAAGUGGAUUCGUGCUCAGGUAUCAUCGGCGUCUCUGGCCUUGAGAUCUGGUAAUGCUGGAAAACCUGUUUCCACUGCUGAGGCGGCGGUGCGAAAGUUUGCCACCAAAGAACUAAGCAAAGCAGAUGCAAUCGCUGCCUUGGAGGAUUAUGUGGCAAAUGCUACAACUGACCUUCUACUUCUCGGAGCUUGGGCGAUCGCAUUGGAAUCUAUCGAAGGGGAACCAAUACCGGUCUAUUAUUUUGCACGAGAUGACAGAGUUUUUAAGGCUUUCAUGGACAGAGUAAAUACUCACCAAGCUACCAUUCGUCGCGCACUGGGUCGGCGCCUGAAGUGGCAAUUCCGCGUGCUGCAAAAUGUGCUAGAAGGGAGAAAUACAACUUAUCGAAGAAAAGUUGAAAUUCUGACUGAAGAAUUGGAUGAUGGAGACGGGGUGUAG